AUGAAGCGCGGACUCCUACUUAUCCAUUUGUUAGUGGUUUUCCCUCUCAUCACUGGCUCACCUUUUCAGUACAACAUGUUUCAGGGAAACGCAUAUUCUGGCGCCGAAACGAGACAAAGAAAUAAAAACUGGUGCGCCUACGUUGUGCACAAGAACGUGAGCUGCGCUGUGGUGGGAGGCACUGAGAGCUUCGUACAGCCGGAGGUUUUACCGUGUCCACCGGAGCUGCCAAACUGUGCGCAACAAGUGAUAUAUCAAACACACUUUAGACCGACGUACAAGAUUGCCUACAAGACUGUCACAGAGCUGGCAUGGAGGUGCUGCCCGAGGUACCAGGGCCAUGACUGCAUGGAGUUGAAGGACACCCAGCCAGUCCAAACAGAGCGUUUGCCUCAAGCUCCAGCUGCCUCUGGACAUUUUCCAGCCCCAUAUGGUGAAAGACUUAGUAACCAUCCGCGGAGAGGGCAGGGGCAAUUUGGAGGUCAAACAGGUCACAGAACACAACAUGGUCAAAAAGAAUCUCAAAGCUCCCAACACCUGGAGGAGGAAGUGCAGCGACUAUCGCAGAUGGUUCUGGACAUGCAAGCAAGAAUGACAGACCUGUCCUCGAACCUGAGAGUGGAUUUCCAGGAGGAUGCCAGUAAAAUGCUGGCUACACUGCUGAAUAACCUCAGACAGCCUGCCAGUGCACAGGGUGCAGGGACCGAAACCAUUCAGGUACAAGGCUUCUCUUUUGAUCACAGCACAACACCAAUGGAGGAUGUCAUGAACAAGAUUAACCAGGUCACAGAUGAUCUUGAGUCCAAGCGCAAUACCUUGGAUGAGCUGCUGGGUCGCGUUAACCAUCAUGAUGGACAAAUUCGUCUAUUAAUGGAUGCCCAGACCCCUCUGUCCACGGCUUCUUCUGCUCCUUCUAUAGAUGAUGCAGACCUGCGGGCCUACCUGGACGAUAAAAUCAGCGCCCUGAGAGAUGAGUUGAUGGAGGGAAUGGAUAUUAAAAUGGCAGAUUUGAAGAACUCUUGUGAUUAUAAAAUUCUGUCAGUUCAGGAACAUUGUGAAGGACAGGAAGCCAACUACCUCAGUCUGGCUGAGCUCAUGGAUUCAAAGGAAACUGACCUCCGCAAUGAGAUCCAAGACCUUAAAACCAAGCUGUCUGUUCCAGGGAAUGAAAAGCAAGUAUCUGACUCUGUUCUGGCUCAGCUGGAACACUUUGAAGUUCGUUUGAACACCACAGAGAAGUCUUUAAUUGCACUAAGCCACUUUGUAGAGGAGAAGUUGAGAAAAGAAAGGGAAGAAGUUGUCAAAGACCUGAGGGAAACCAUGGACAAUGAACUGUCCUCCAUGGAGGACAGACUCUCAGCUCUGUUGAUUAAAACAACCUCCAACUCCCCAUCUGGUGGUGAGCCAGAGAGUCCUGAUGUUCAGCAGAGAGACAUGAACACUCUAAAGGACUCCGUUCAGAUUCUGGAGAAUAGACUCGAUCUUUUGAACCAAAAGUGCUCAAAAGAGUGCACAGAUCAUGUAACUGUUGUUGAAAACCUCAAGCAAGACUUCCACAGUUUCAAAAACUCUGUAGAUGCUAUGGAGACUAAUCUGAUAGUCCAGAAAAGUGCCAUCACAGCUUUGGAGGGGCAACUCCUCAACUACAGCAAUGUCAUUGAGAAUGUAAAGGGUGAAUUAAGCUACCUUAAAGGCAGUGUGGGCCAACUAGAGAACCAGCAGUCUCAGACUCUCAGACGCUUUAACUCUAGCUGGGAUCAGGUUAAAAUGGAAACUGAACAGGAGGCCAGGGAUCUUUUGGAGCUCCACAAGGCCCAGCACCAGAAACUAAGAGAGCGACUAGAUGAGCUGGGCAGGGAGGUGGAAGCCGAGGCCGAUCAAUGCAGGGAAAAAGCACAAGAUGUAGAGAAGGAGAUUGCCGACAUGGGCAGUCGUAUUGUUAAUGUGGAGAAUUUAUGCAGCAAGCUGGAUCCUAUCUCCAGUAAUCUCCAGAGCAUCAAAGAGGGGCUGAACAUGCACGUCACUGGUUUGUGGAAUUGUGUGAAUCAGCUGAACGGUACAGUAAGAGCUCAUGCACAAGACAUUGGAGGACUGAGGGGAAUCUGUGAGACUCUCGAAAAACACAUUAUAAAUAUGGAGAGAGACCUCCAGCCUGGUAAUGAAGGUGCUCCGGUUAGAGUGUUUGACACAAGACAGCCCCAGGGGUCAAGUAAGGGGCCCAAGGUAUUCGCUGGCCCCAUGAAUACCUCGCUCUCGGAGCUGCCUGUGAUGGAAACCGGAGAGGCGGGACCCCCCGGAGAGAUGACUUCAUCCAAGUUGCCCAAAGGAACAGAUGGGAUCAUGAUGCCUGUUCAGGGCUUUGCUGGAGCUCCAGCAUCCCCACAAAAACCCACCGACAUCCUCCAGACCAGAACUCAUGUGAGCUCAGAUGUGAGCAUGCCUCUCAGACCCCCUCCUCUGAAACGUGUCAUGGCUUCAGGGGAGAAAGUGUCGUUCUCAGCUGGUCUGACUCUUCCACCGUUUCAAGGAGUUGUCGGUAUCAUCCGAUUCAACGAGGUGCUGGUCAAUGAUGGUGGACAUUACGACCCUCAGACAGGCAUCUUCACAGCUCCGAUGGAUGGCCGUUAUCUGGUGACCGCUGUGUUGACACCCGAGCAAGGAGAGAAGGUUGAUGCCAUCCUAUUUGUGUCUAGUCGCAGCAUCCAGAGGCUGAACUCUGCUGGUUUCAUGUCUGGCGUCACAGCUCCGCAUUCACACGAACUCUGUAACUGCACCAGUUCAACAUCAGCGAGCCUGAUUCUCUCACUGAGGCGAGGAGACCAAGUACGACUCGUCUUAAAAGCUGGAAAGCUCGCUGUCUCAGCCUCAUCUGAGGUCGUGUCAUCUUUCAGCGCUGCGCUUCUCUACCCCAGCACAUCAAAGCGGUAGUUCCUCUACUUUCAGAGACAACCGACGCCUGAGAGUGAAGUAUGGUGCACAUUACUGAUGACAUACCAGAGCUCAUUGUGAUGUUAUAGCUAUAAUAUAAUUCGAUCUCCAAAUAACUGAGAUGAUUUCACUUCAUGAGUAUUAAUAUA